UCAGGCUUGGCAUUGCCUCACAGACCGUCCUCGGAGUCACGUUCACAAAAGCAAGAAAUCUUUGUUUUCUCUUCCCAUCAUUAGCUGUUUCUGUUGCAUCCAGACCUGCCUUGAGAACCUCACAGGUUUGGAAAAUGAACCCCACGGAUAUAGCAGACACUACCCUGGAUGACAGCAUCUACAACAACUACUACCUCUUUGAAAGCAUCCCCAAGCCUUGUAACAAAGAAGGAGUCAAGGCCUUCGGGGAGCUCUUCCUGCCCCCUCUUUACUCCUUGGUCUUUCUGUUUGGUCUGCUUGGAAAUUCCGUGGUGGUUCUAGUCCUGUUCAAAUACAAGCGGCUCAAGUCCAUGACUGACGUGUACCUGCUCAACCUUGCCAUCUCGGAUCUGCUCUUUGUGCUUUCCCUCCCAUUCUGGGGCUACUAUGCUGCAGAUCAGUGGGUUUUUGGUCUGGGUCUAUGCAAGAUUAUUUCCUGGAUGUACUUGGUGGGCUUUUACAGUGGCAUAUUCUUCAUCAUGCUCAUGAGCAUCGACAGAUAUCUGGCAAUCGUGCAUGCGGUGUUUUCCUUGAGAGCGAGAACCCUGACCUAUGGGGUCAUCACCAGUGUGGCUACGUGGUCAGUGGCUGUAUUCGCCUCCCUCCCUGGCCUUUUGUUCAGCACUUGUUACACCGAGCGCAACCACACUUACUGCAAAACCAAGUACUCUGUCAACUCCACCACGUGGAAGGUUCUCAGCUCCCUGGAGAUCAACAUCUUUGGGUUGGUGAUCCCCUUGGGGAUCAUGCUCUUCUGCUACUCCAUGAUCAUCAGAACCUUGCAGCACUGCAAAAAUGAAAAGAAGAACAAGGCGGUGAAGAUGAUCUUUGCUGUGGUGGUGCUCUUUCUUGGGUUCUGGACUCCUUACAACAUAGUGCUUUUCCUGGAUACCCUGGUGGAGCUAGAAGUCCUUCAGAAUUGCACCUUUGAAAGGUAUCUGGACUACGCCAUCCAGGCCACAGAAACCCUGGCUUUCGUUCACUGUUGCCUUAAUCCAGUCAUCUACUUUUUUCUGGGGGAGAAAUUUCGCAAAUACAUUGUCCAACUCUUCAAAACCUGCAGGGGCCCUUUUAUGCUCUGCCAAUAUUGUGGGCUUCUCCAAAUUUACUCUGCCGACACCCCCAGCUCCUCUUACACACAGUCUACUGUGGAUCAUGAUCUCCGUGAUGCUCUGUAAAAAAAAAGAAAAUGCAAAACACAGAGCCAAUAAGCUUCCCACCUUCAGAGCUUACUUAAAAUUGUAUUUUAGUAAGAGUCGCCUGAGAGCAGGUAGCAGGAGGAAGGCCUACAGCCACAGUGGAAAGUGUAGGUCUCACCUUGCAACUUUUCCCUCUUCCCAGUAAGCAAGUUGAGCCCCACGGGGGUUCACCUGGACCAAGUGUUGUUCUUCACAUGAGACCUGCCUCAAGCAGAAGUAAACCUGCAAAUUCUGACCAACAUUUCACUGAGGUUAUGGAUGAUAUUGAAAGAGAACAUUUAUUCCCUCUAACCUCGACUGAUGGGGUUCUCCAGAAGGAGCUGCAGACUGAUGGGGUAAACAGCUAUUCCCUCCUGUGGAAAAUGUGCCCUCUGAUUAAUUUCUAGCUUUUAUGGAACAACAAAGAAGGUUUUGAUAUGCUAUCAUAGUGUUUUUCUAGUAACAGAUCUGUAGCAUGGUAUGUUCCAUGAAGUCAGGUGGAUCACAGAAACAAUUAGUGGAUCUUGAUACUUUGACUGUAAAGGAUAAUUUGUUCAUCAAAGGCCACACUUUCUCUGCCAAUUAACAAAUGUAAAGAUUUGAAGGCAUUAGCAUGGUCUGAUUUCUAAACUUGAAACACAAGGCAUUUAAAGGCCAACAUAUUUGUUCAAAUUCAAUUUACCUUGGACAUGUUUUAAUUAUACCAUGAAUAUUCAAGAUGUUUAAAUUAGGGAUUUGGAGGCAUAACUCAGUGGUAGAGUGGUUGCCUAGCAUGUGUGAGGCCCUGAAAAAAUAACAUUCAUCUAGAUCUUUUACUUGUUUACAAACAUGUUCUUCAAAGUUUAAGGAAGUACUGUCAUAGUUCAGUAAUCUACCUUAAGUGCAAAUAGUUGAGGUAAGAAAAAUCAAAAGCUAUUGCUGAUGUGGUGUAUGAAAGAAGUUUUUUUUUUUUUUAAUUUUUAAAAAUAUUUAUGUGUUAGUUUUCGGGAGAC